AUGGCAACACAACUACUUCUAACCUUCCUUUCCCUGGUCACCAUCUUCCUAUGCCACUGGCUCCUCAGAAACAAGCACUCACCGGUCUACCAAUGGCCAUUCCUCGGGAUGCUCCCUGGCCUCCUCUUCAGCUUCUACAACUCCACACUCCACGACUUGCAUACCCGAGCUUUGAGGCGAACCGGCGGAACGUUCCUUCUCAAGGGACCCAGUUUCAUCAACGCCGACUUCAUGGUCACGUGCGAUCCGGCCAACAUCAACCACAUCUUCAACAAGAACGCGACCAACUACGAGAAGGGUCGGGACUUCAAGGCCAUAAUGGAGGCUCUGGGCGACGGCAUCUUUAAUGUCGACGGCGAGUCGUGGAAGUUCCAGAGGAAGCUCCUCCAUUCCUUGCUGAACAACCCCGAGUUCGAGUGUCACGCCAUGCACAUCCUCACAGAGAAGACGAGGAGCACACUUCUGCCGAUCCUCGACAGAGCCGAGGUAGUGGACCUACAGGACGUGUUUAAGAGGUUCAUGUUCGACAACAUGUGCCUGUUGGUCUUGGGAUUCGACCCCCAAUACCUCCCCGUUGAGUACGAGGGCGGCAGGCUCCCUGAGAAUGCGUGUGGCGAAGCAUUCGAUGAGCUGGAGGAGGUGGCGACAUACCGGCACAUGGUUCCCAUAUGCGUGUGGAGGCUUCAAAACCGGCUCCGUAUUGGAAUGGAGUGGAAGUUCAUUCGAGGCAGUAGAACGAUAGAUCAGUUCUUAUAUGGUCGCAUCGAGAUGAAGAAGCAAGAAUUUGCAACGAAACACUGCGUCGGCGAUGAUGAGCAGACAAAAAACAAGACGGAUUUGCUGACACAAUUUUUGGUCAUGAAAGAUGAGGAUGGCAGAUGUGACGGGAAGAUCAUUGAUAAAACAUCCGACAAGUUCCUGAGGGACAGUAUGUUCACCUUACUUGUAGCCGGGAGGGAUACCAUCUCUGCGGGUCUUACAUGGUUGAUAUGGUGUGUGGCGAACCACCCCACUGUUGAAAAAAGGAUUCUAGAAGAGAUUAGACAAGUAAUCGCAGCGCGACCACCUGAGCAAGUUAAUGGCGACGAAGGAGGGUUUCUGAGAAGCAACGAGUUGAAUAAACUUGUGUAUCUCCAUGCAACUGUUUGCGAGACACUGAGGUUGUAUCCACCAGUGCCAUACGACCACAAGUGCGCUGUGGAGUCGGAUGUCCUUCCAAGCGGACACAAGGUUUGUAAAGAAGAGAGGAUACUGUUCUACAUAUACGCCAUAGCUAGGAUGGAAGAUGUAUGGGGAAAGGAUUGCAUGGAGUUCAAACCGGAGAGGUGGAUUUCGGAGAGAGGGACAAUACUGCAUGUCCCAUCUUACAAGUUCAUGACCUUCUUGGCUGGGGCAAGAACCUGUUUGGGCAAGACCAUGUCUUUCAUGCAAAUCAAAUCCAUGGCCAGUGCUCUCCUGUGGAAGUACAAGUUUGAACUCACUGAUAAUAGUCCCUCCGCUAGGACGACGGUCGGGUUGGUCUUGUAUAUGAAAGACGGGCUGAAGGCAAGAGUCUCCAGGAGAGAUCACUGAGAAAUAUAUUGCUGAUUUCCUAUUAAUUAAUGUAUGAUGGUAUGUUGUUGUCUAGUAACAGUGACUGUUCCAUCAGUUUGUUAUUAUGUCUAGCUAGGGUUCCGUUACUCGUGUGAAGUUUUCUUUCGUGUUAUAUGUUAUCAAUGCAUGCUAGCUACUUCUAUAAGUAUUGUUGUUGUACUCUUUGGCUGUUAUGAAAUAUAGCAUGUAUUAAUAAAUAAACAUUCAUGUGUUCUAAGAGUGA